AGCCGAGCGCCGCGGAGCGGGGCCGGAGCGGGGCCGCCAUGCGCCCGGGGCCGGGGCUGCCGGCGCUGCCGGUGCUGCCGGUGGUGCUGGCGCUGCUGGCGGCGGCGGCGCGGCCGGGCGGCGGCGAGGAGGCGAUCCAGUGCCCGCCGUGCUCGGAGGAGCGGCUGGCGCGGUGCAAGGCGCCGCAGGGCUGCGCGGAGCUGGUGCGGGAGCCGGGCUGCGGGUGCUGCGCGACCUGCGCGCUGCCCCGCGGCACCGCCUGCGGCGUCUACACCGCGCGCUGCGGAGCGGGGCUGCGCUGCUACCCGCCCCGCGGAGAGCCGCGGCCCCUCCGCACCCUCAUGCACGGCCAGGGCAUCUGCACCGACCUGGCCGACGUCGAGGCCAUCCAGGAGAGCCUCCACCCCCCAGAGAAGGAGGAGAUCGACCACCCCAACAACAGCUUCAGCCCCUGCAGCAUCCACGACCGCAAGUGCCUGCAGAAGCAGCAGGCGAAGAGGGUCAACAACGGCAACAAGAUGCGCAGUAGCGGGAGCCCUCACCACCGCGAGGACACGCGGCCCAUAGCACAGGGCUCGUGCCAGAGCGAGCUGCACCGGGCGCUGGAGCGGCUGGCGGCCUCGCAGACCCGCACCCACGAGGACCUGUACGUCAUCCCCAUCCCCAACUGCGACCGCAACGGCAACUUCCACCCCAAGCAGUGUCACCCGGCGCUGGACGGGCAGCGCGGCAAGUGCUGGUGCGUGGACCGCAAGACGGGGGUGAAGCUGCCGGGCUUCCUGGAGCUGAAGGGGGACUUGGACUGUCACCAGCUGGCGGACAGCAUGUGAGCGUGACCGUGGCGGCCCCGCGCCCAGCGGCCGCCUGGGACAGGAGGAGAGGGGGCCGUGAGCGCCGAGCAGCGCCCUGGUGCCGGGGCACCCCGGGGUGAGCUCCGGACUGUGCUGCUCUGCGCCACGGGCUGCCCACGACCCGCGCCAUGACCACUACCCGCCACUGCUGGGGAUCCUGGCACACGCCAGCGGCCCUUCCAUCCCAUGGGGACACGGCUUUGGACGGUGCUGCCCAGGGGCUGGUGUCGGCCUGCCCGGGUGGAGCUGGUGGGGAGCACCCUUGACGCUGGUGCCCCGUGGUGCCCCCUCAGCUUUUCACCCCGGCAGCCCCCGACACCGUGGGGUGCUGUGGCAGGCUGUGCAUGCCAGACCUCUGCAUGGGCAGCAGGAGAAGUGCCUCAUCCUGCCCCCCACCCCCAGCAGCAAGAGGCUGCCUAGGGAAGGACUGGGGGCACGGAGAGACCCCCCCCCCACUGCUGCCCGCCCUUUCUGCCUGCAUCUCGCCCAAAGUGUGUGUGUGUGUGAUGGGCAGCGCUGCCACACAGAGCAAUAAGAGACCUUCCCCUCCCCCGCUGCAGCCCCCCAUUCUCACAGCCCAGCCCCAUCCUGCUCCCCUGCAGGGACAUGGCCCCCCAUCCAUCCUGUCUCCUCCUGUCCCAUCCCUGGGAUGAGGAUGGUCCUCACAGGCAUUGAGUCCAAGGGAGGGUGGGGGGGGGACGAGGGAGGUCCAGGAAAUGCAUCCCAGCAGGAAGAGCUUUUGGUCUGAGUUUUUUCUUUCUUCCCCAACUGUUGUUUUUUACUAUUUAAAAAAUACCAUUGGUGGGAUCUCAAAAGUGACGAUGUGGCCCUGAAGCUGGAGUUCUCCAACCCCAGGGACAGGGCACUGGGGCAAUGGCUCCUGUCUUCGCUACUUGGCCAACAUGACAAAACCAGGAAGGGUUCUGGAAUGUCUCCAUGAUGGGAUCUGCAGAUUUCAUCAGCAGAAAGUUCUCAGCUGAGAAAUUGUCACUGGUUUUGUAGCUGUUCUUUUCCCUUCUCUUUUCUUUAAGCUGGGCUGGAAUUUUUUCAUGUAAAAACGCCAUGGCAAGCGUGCCAAAGAUGGAGGGGACUUUCCUGAUCCCCUCCUGACCUACCCCAGCUCUGUGGCCUCAGUGGAAGCUUUUGGUUUUCCACGUGGAUUUGCCCUGGCCAAGGCCCCCUGAUGGGAACGAAAUGUUUCAGUUUUAGUGAAACACACUCUGCCCUCCUGAUCCUCUCCCUGCCUGCCCCUGUGCCCUGCCAGAUCCCUGCCUGCCCUGGCUGUCCCUGUGCCCUGCUGGAUCCCUUCCUGCCCUGGCACCCCCUGGAUCCCUGCCUGCCCUGGCUGCCUGUGGCUCUGCUCACACACAACUUCUAAACGGAGCCAAUUUGCCAGGACAGUCCUUGGUGGGGAGGGGGAUCCCUGCCCCUCUUCUCUCCCAGUCCCCCCAGUGCCACUGUGCCAAGGAUGGGUGUCCCAGGGGGACAGGAGGUCCUACUGGGGACGGUGGCCAGUCAUGGUGCCAAUCCCGUUGUGGGGCACAGGGUGUGGUGGCAGUGCCAGCCUUGGCCACUUGACCCCUCCCUGCCCACAGCAGGGCAGAUCCAGCGGAGCCUCUCCCAGUUUGGGGGGUUCCUGGGAAUGCCGGUGCACGUUCUGUGUCCUGCUUGGAGGGCUCCAGUGUUUCGCAGUGUCUCUCCUGUAGUUUAGGGCUGUAUUUACACACGACCAUGUACCAGUGUCCCCCCUCCCCAGCGCGUCCCCCCGUGCCCAAGGGGUCCCUGUCCGUCCCUCCUGGGCCAAGCCCGUCCCGUUGGACUCCCGUGUAGCACCAACCCUUUUACAGUACACUUGAACCUUUGUAUCCUCAAAAAGAAAAAAAAAAAAGGUAAUUACU